UUUCCCGUGCGGUUAUGUGGCGCAGCGGUGACAUUUGGAACAAUGAUGUUUGUUGUGAGGAAGCAGCAUGGCGGAGCCGUCUGUUCAAAUGUCCGGGAUUGUUUUAGCUUCUCUCAUGUUCCAGCAUGUUAACAGCAACACUGACGUGGAGGGUCUGGUCCUUGGACAGAGCAGGGUCGACGAGCAGAUCACCAUCAGUGACUCUCAGGCUGAUCACAUUCACAUUGAGGAGGUUUACAAUGUUCAGAAAUAUGUUGCAUUCCAUGAACCAAACCACCUUUACAACAGUGUAGGAGACGUGGACAUGGAGGCAGUAAAGAAAAUCCUCGCAGAUGACAAGCAGCAGAGUGUGAUUGGCUGGUACAGACAGAGGAGGAACACGGAGCAGCAGAUGACCUUCAGAGAAAAGAUUGUCCAUGAGAAGCUGAGGACGUCUCUGUCCAACCCUCAUCUGGUGUUUGUGCUGCUCACAUCCACUCAGGUGACAUCAAUAGGCUCCACCCACAGGAUGGAGUACGCCGCCUUCAUCUCCCUCAGCAGUCACUUCCUGCGCGUCCCUGUGCUCGUCACUAACCUGGGUUUACUGGAUCAGCUGGCGUACUGGAAAACGUCGGCUCCCUUUUCGGCCACAGGCUAUAACCUCGCCAUGAAGAAACACGGGUCAAGGUUCUUCUCGACUAACGGGCUCCUGAAAGAAGUCAACGAAAUGAACAAGAUGAAUGAGUCACUGCAGACGGAGCUUCAGAAAGCGUGUGCAGACGUGGAAGAGACCGAGCGUCAGGUGGAAACACUGCAGGCUGAAGUUUCGGCUCUAAGGAAAAUAAUUGAAGAAAAGAAGCGAGGCAAAGCUGGAAAGGAAACUGUCGCCGUUCCCUCAGAAGAGAAAAACAACGUCCUGUUGUGCGACGCCGUUAAAGCGCUCUUCUCCUGCUCGCCACUGUUUCACACUCAAACUGUAACCCUUGAUGCAUUUCCCAUUCCGGACGGCUGCUGCAGCUCUGGGAGCAACGGACACGUUUCCAUGGCGGCGCAGACCAAGUCUGACGUGCCAAACUCGAGCACGGCAACGACGAACUGUCAGCUGAGGCAAACGUUGGCGAGGAGGAAGAGGAAACGGUGGAACACCGAGUCGUGACACGACGAUGCGUUUGCUGACACACGGGAGUAACACUGUAAUAACACAGACUCUAUUUUCACUUGUCAAGUCUACGAAGACAUGAUGUCAUCAAACCUUCAGGUCGAAAACUGUUCAGAUACAAACUUUUACAAACCAGUUAAUGUUAUUUUGAAAACCGGUCAACCACUUUUAAGAAAUAAAUUUUUUUUUC